AUGUCGGAGGAGCGGAGAGACGUGUUCAAACUGAGCCAUGAUUGGCUGUCUGUACAGGAAGUGGUGGACGCCGUCAGCAGCACUUCCUGUGGAGCCAUUUCAGUUUUUAUAGGUACAACCCGUGAGGACGAGGUGGACGGCAGGAAGGUGAUUGGUCUGGAGUACGAGGCGUAUGAGCUCAUGGCCCAAUCAGAGUUUGCCAAACUGUGCGCUGACAUCAGAGAGCGCUGGCCGACUGUGACGCACAUCUGUGUCCACCACAGGCUGGGGUGGGUGAAGGUCGGAGAGGCCAGUGUUGCCAUGGCGAUCUCAUCUCCUCAUCGUCACGACGGCCAGCAGGCGAUCCAGCACUGCAUCGAGCGGCUGAAGGCCAACGUCCCCAUCUGGAAGAAGGAAGUGUACGACACACAGGAGUCGAGCUGGAAGGAGAACUCCGAGUGUCCCUGGUCCGCUCCCAGCACAGCUGCUGGAGACAGAGUUUAUCAAUAAACAUUAAUAAAAGUCAUUGAUCUUUGA